CCAAAUUUUUUCCUGUAAAGCUCUCGUUUUCUCAGCUUUUCUUCUAUCUACUACUUUCUACGGAAUUUUGAAAGAAAUUACUACAAGAUAAUGACCUUCAUCCUUUUGUCCAUGGCUAGUGGGUUUUGGCUUGGUGUUUUGGUUGGUCUUAUUGGUGCUUUAUUGGGUCUCAUCUUGAAUCAUUUCUUGCCCAUGUUCUUGAAGGAUGGCCAUGUCCCCAAAGGGUCUUUUGGAUGGCCAAUACUAGGCGAAACACUUGGUUUUUUGCAGCCUCAUCCUUCGAAUUCUCUUGGGGCAUUUCUUCAAGACCAUUGCUCUAGGUAUGGGAAAGUGUUCAAGUCCCAUUUGUUCUUCUCUCCAACAGUGGUGUCUUGUGACCAAGAGCUGAACUACUUCAUUCUUCAAAAUGAAGGGAAGUUGUUCCAGUGCAGUUAUCCAAAGCCUAUCCAUGGCAUUCUUGGAAAUGUCUCUAUGCUUGUAGCUGUUGGUGAUACUCACAAGAGACUCAGAAAUGUGGCUCUUUCUCUCGUCACUAUUACCAAAUCAAAGCCUGAGUUCCUUAAUGACAUAGAGAGAACUGCCAUUCAGAUACUUAACUCCUGGAAGGAUAAACGGCAAGUCAUUUUCUGCGAGGAGGCCAGAAAGUUCACAUUCAAUGUAAUAGUAAAGCAAGUGCUAGGCUUGACACCAGAGGAGCCAGAGACUACAAAAAUUCUUGAAGAUUUUCUCACUUUUAUGAGAGGACUAAUCUCUCUCCCUGUCUAUAUUCCAGGAACUCCAUAUGCCAGAGCUGUUCAGGCUAGAAGCAGGAUAUCAUCUACUGUCAAAGCAAUUAUAGAGGAAAGAAGAAGAAAUGCUAGUAGUUCUAGAAAAAGGACUAGUGAUUUCCUUGAGAUACUUCUUGGUGUUGAUACCUUAUCUGAAGAUGAAAAAGUUAGUUUUGUUUUAGACUCUCUGUUGGGUGGAUAUGAAACCACCUCACUCUUGAUGGCUAUGGCUGUGCAUUUUCUAGGUCAGUCACCAACAGCAUUUGAGCAGCUAAAGCUGGAGCAUCAAGCAAUAAGAAGCAUCAAGGGAAAAGAUGAUGAGUUUUUGAACUGGGAAGAUUAUAAAAAGAUGGAAUUCACUCAAAAUAUCAUCAAUGAAGCACUCAGAUAUGGCAACAUUGUAAAAUUUGUGCACCGAAAAGCUCUGAAAGAUGUCAAAUUUAGAGGCUACCUAAUUCCUUCUGGUUGGAAGGUUCUGCCUGUUUUCACUGCAGUACAUUUAGAUUCAUCUAUGCAUGCAAGUGCCCUCCAGUUUUAUCCUUGGAGAUGGGAGAGUCAAGAUCAAACAUGCAAGAAAUUUACGCCUUUUGGUGGAGGAUCUAGAUGCUGCCCUGGAUCUGAACUAGCUAAGGUUGAGGUUGCAUUUUUCCUCCACCAUCUUGUACAAAAUUUCAGAUGGCGAACAGAGGAUGUUGAGCAACCCAUGGCAUAUCCUUAUGUAGAAUUUCAAAGAGGGUUAACGUUACAUCUGGAGCACACUUCCAUUUCAAGCCCUAGUCCUCGUUAGCCUUUCGUUUAAGAUUGAAGAUGGUUCCUGGUUGCGCUCAGGUUGAUGAAAAGGACCAUCAUCAUACUUAGCAUCGCAAUGGAUUCCGGCUUUUUCUUUUUUUUUUUUUAAGUAUUUCUUUCGUUGAAAGAAGGGGUUUUUCGUUAAUUAUGUGUAAGGAUGAGGCCUUCUUUUAGUCUCACUAAAUUUUCAAUGGAUUGUAAUCUACCCUCUCUUUCCACAACUUUAUGAAAAAUUCUUGUUUAUAUCUGAA